AGUCGCUUAUGAACGUCACGAGACGCGGGGUGAUGACGUAGUCCCCGAGCGUCUACAUCCAAGAUGGCUGCCGUCAGGAAGGAGAGACGUCGCUAAGGGGUUUGCCUGAGGCGAGGGGUUGAUGUUGACCUGAAGAAAAAUCUUCUGAGGAUUGCAACAUUCCAGAAGCCCUUUGGGGAAGAUUAAGGCUACUUCAAUAAAUGAAGGAGAACAAAGAAAAUUCAAGCCCUUCAGUCGCAUCAGCAAACCUGGACCACACAAAACCAUGUUGGUACUGGGAUAAGAAGGACUUGGCACAUACACCCUCACAACUUGAAGGACUUGAUCCAGCCACUGAGGCCCGGUACCGCCGAGAGGGGGCUCGCUUCAUCUUUGAUGUGGGCACACGUUUGGGGUUACACUAUGACACUCUGGCAACUGGAAUCAUUUAUUUUCAUCGAUUCUAUAUGUUUCAUUCCUUCAAGCAGUUCCCAAGAUACGUGACAGGAGCUUGUUGUCUCUUUCUGGCUGGGAAAGUAGAGGAAACGCCAAAAAAAUGUAAAGAUAUCAUCAAAACAGCUCGUAGUUUGUUAAAUGAUGUCCAGUUCGGCCAAUUUGGAGAUGACCCAAAGGAAGAAGUCAUGGUGCUAGAGAGGAUCUUACUGCAGACCAUAAAGUUUGAUUUACAAGUAGAGCAUCCGUACCAGUUCCUGCUCAAAUAUGCGAAGCAGCUCAAAGGUGAUAAAAACAAAAUUCAGAAAUUGGUUCAAAUGGCAUGGACAUUUGUAAAUGACAGUCUCUGCACCACCCUGUCGCUUCAGUGGGAGCCAGAAAUCAUAGCUGUCGCAGUAAUGUAUCUCGCGGGACGAUUGUGCAAAUUUGAAAUACAAGAGUGGACCUCCAAACCCAUGUACAGAAGGUGGUGGGAACAGUUUGUUCAAGAUGUCCCUGUUGACGUUCUGGAAGACAUCUGCCACCAAAUCCUGGAUCUUUACUCACAAGGGAAACAACAGAUGCCUCAUCACACCCCUCAUCAGCUGCAGCAGCCCCCAUCUCUUCAGCCUACACCACAAGUGCCACAGGUGCCACAGUCACAACCAUCUCAAAGCUCAGAAGCGGCCCAGGCUCAGCAGAAGGACUCACAGCAGUCAGCACAGCAGCAGCAGCAGCAGCAGCAGCAACAGGCACAGCAGCCCAAGAAACCGUCUCCUCAGCCCAGUCCUCCCCGACAGGCCAAGCGUGCUGUGGUGGUUUCUCCCAAGGAAGAGAACAAAGCCGCAGAUCCACCACCACCACCUAAAAUUCCCAAACUUGAGGCUACUCACCCACCAUUGCCUCCAUCACACCCACCUCCAGACCGGAAGCCUCCCCUUGCACCUGCCUUAGGUGAGGCUGAAGCAACUGGUCCUGUGGAAGCAAGCGACCUCCCCAAAGUACAGAUUCCUCCUCCAGCCCACCCAGCCCCUGUUCACCAGCCUCCACCAUUGCCACAUCGGCCUCCACCCCCACCCCCCUCAAGCUACAUGACUGGGAUGUCCACCACCAGCUCCUACAUGUCAGGAGAGGGCUACCAGAGCCUCCAGUCCAUGAUGAAGACCGAGGGUCCCUCCUAUGGUGCCCUGCCUCCAGCCUAUGGCCCACCUACUCACCUUCCCUACCACCCCCAUGUUUACCCUCCCAACCCACCUCCACCUCCUGUUCCUCCACCUCCAGCUUCCUUCCCCCCACCCGCUAUUCCCCCUCCUACCCCAGGCUACCCUCCACCUCCCCCUACCUACAACCCCAAUUUCCCACCUCCACCCCCACGCCUGCCCCCAGCUCAUGCAGUUCCUCCUCACCCUCCUCCAGGCUUGGGUUUGCCACCAGCCAGCUACCCACCUCCAGCUGUUCCCCCUGGAGGGCAGCCGCCUGUCCCCCCACCCAUCCCUCCACCUGGCAUGCCGCCUGUCGGGGGACUAGGGCGGGCAGCCUGGAUGAGAUAACAUGACGCUUUCUUUCUUCCUCCCUCCCUCUCCCCCCUCUCUCUCUUUCUUUUUAAAGUCUCUUUCUUUUUAAACAAGAGUUUUCCAACCAACUUGAAGAGCAGAUUGAGUGGAUGGCAGCACGGUAUCUUGUAUACGCUAGACAGUUAUAGUAUGGGAGGGCUGGGCCCUGGGAUGAGAACAGUGUGCGCUGGCCAGUGCCUGUGGAGUGACCACAUCCAGUCUCAGCUACUGCCUGUGUCCUGGCUGGCUUACGUUAUACUAGUGAAGAUGUUAAGUAGCCACAUUGGCUCAGUAAAUAGCUUGAGUAAGGAGUGACUAACCCUCUAGAAAUCAGUGCCUAUUUCCCCUGGGAACUCAACUUUCGGUAGCUGUGUCCUCCUGUCUGCAGUUGAGCUGUUGUCCUUCCAUUCAGUGGCUUCUCUCUGUGGCCCCUAGUAGGUGAGGUGAGCCCCCACUUGUAACUCUGUGUCUGCUGUCACCACCUGGAGGAGGCUGUCUCCUUCCCUCCAGGGGGAAAGGAGGUGUGUACUUGGAAAAUAAUGUAUGUUUACAUCUCUUUGCAAAGUCUUGUACAUAGAGAUAUAUUUUUUAAGCGUGAAUGUAACAACAUACUGUGAAUUCCAUCUUGGUUACAAAUGAGAAUCAGUCAGUUACCCAAAUAAAACCAAUUCUGAAA